AGUCAAUGCCCGGCUCGCGUUGAAAUCAUACGCGUAUAGUUGAACUGUUUUAAAGAGAGUGUUCGAUUACUCGUAACUCAAGGUCGGCCAUUGUUGGGUGUAUUCAAAAAGGCAUAAAAUAAAGAACAAAAUGCGCACACUGCUGUUCGUUUUUGUGGCGGCCAUUUUGUGUAGCGCGUGGGCAAAGACUAAAAGAGAUGACAACAAGGUGAAGAUCGCGGUAUACUACGAGUCUCUGUGCCCUGACAGCAAGCGCUUCAUCACCACGCAGUUGGCGCCCGUGUGGCGCGACCUCCGAGGAGCCGUGAAAGUCAAACUCGUCCCGUAUGGAAAGGCCACCCACGACAAAGUAAACGGCAAGUGGCAGUUCACAUGCCAGCAUGGCGCGGAUGAAUGCUACGGGAAUAAGCUUCAAUCUUGUAUCCUGAAGGACCGCAGCCUCCUCGACACGGAUAAGAUGGAACUGGUCAUUUGCCUUAUGAGCCAAGCCAACCCCGACAAAGCUCUGGACACGUGCUUAGAGCAAGUUAAAAAACUGUCCAACUCGGACAAAAUAAAACGUUGCGCGUCCGGUGAGAUGGGCGACAACCUGCUGGCGUCUUACGGAGACAAGACCGAUCUCAUCCAGCGCCCUCUGUCCUUCGUGCCGACCGUCGUCAUCAACGAGAAAUAUGAUCAAGCCGUUCAAGACGAAGCCAUGAACAACCUUAAAGCGGUGGUCUGUCGCGUCUCGAUCAACAAGCCGUCUUCUUGUUAAACUAAUUUUAACUUUAUUUAUAUAAGCUUAAGUACAAUUUUUGAUAAUCGACAUAUAUGCACAGAAGGUUGAGUUAGUGAUCACUAGAUGGCGCUGUAAAAAUUUUGAUACUAAUUUUUAAAGAUCAAUAAAGAUCAAAUUCUUAGUUACGAUUGUUAUAUCUUGGUGUACUUCCAUUAUUUGUUACAUUAAAUUAAUGCAAAAUAAGUACAAUCGUUAUUACAUUUGUAUAAAUUUGUUAAUAUUAUGUGAAGUUAUGACAAAAAAUAUCUCCGCUACUUACUUACUGCUAUUUUUCUCAAUGUACUCAUGUGCUGCUAGAUGGUGCUGUAUGCAAUUACAAGCUCAAGACUUGAUAAGAAAAUGACAAUAAUUAGUUUUAAGACAAUUUUGUAAUGUUUUAUUAUCAAGGAAGACAUUAAAUUAAGUACUUAG